GUUAAUUGUCGGUACGCUUACACUGCUGCAGUGAUUCGGCUCAUUGUGGUGGCUAUCUGCAUGUUCGGUGGCGGCAGAAGCAGAUGCGCAGAAUUCCUCCGUUCGUCGGUGCACCACCCUCGACAACCUUUCGCGAGACCGAUCAGACGAGUCACAGAAAUCUAAUGUCCUAUGCAUCCAGAAGCUGCCAUUGCACCAUCUACAACGAACGGGUCGGAUCGUGUCCAAGCAUUGAGCUUCAAAAACCCCCGUUGCUUCUCAGGGGCUUCUUUUACCGCCUCUGACCUCCCGUACGGAAGCAAAUCUUCUAUGGUGCUCGAAUCUUCCCCGAAUCAAGAUGCCAUGGGGCUCAAAAAUUACCGACACGGCCAAGGUCUCCUACAAGGGCCGCAUGAUGUUCCUCGCAAAAGUAGACAAAAUACUUCACGUCCUCCAACGAUUGCGGCGGAGAGCCAUUGACCAUGCCACUUGCGACGAUAUUGGCUUGCUCGCAGCCGCUAUCACUUUACCGGAGCCUACCGAGUCCGAACUUUCAGACCUAGAGGCCCAUCUGCCAGAUGACCUCAGUCAUGCGCUUAAGCCUGAGGGGAGGGAAAACGAUACGACAUGGCAAGCCCCUGUCGCAGACAACAUGGACAGCCGUCAAACCAAUUGGCCCACCGAAGCCAGUGAGCAGGGCUGGCUGACACUCGAAGGUACUUGGCUUGAAGCCCUCGACACGGUGCCUGCAAUCUUCGACUCUUUUCAACAACUGGCGGGCAUCUUCAAUGAUGCAGAACACAAAGGGAACUUGCAUCUUGGUGAGAGGUGUGGCUAUAUGAAACUCGGGCGCGAAGCCGAAUGCGAUAGGCAAGCCGAGAUAUCAGACUCUGCCUCACCGGUCUCACAUCAGAGCAGCUGCAAUGGGAGGAAGCCUCGUAACGACGAUGACCGCAUGAACAGCUACGCACAAAGGCACCACGUUCUGCUUGCACCCUGGUCCGAGACGUCCUCCGGAAGAAUGGAACGGUACCUCAACGAACUGGAGGCCACAGGCUCUAGCCCUGUUCUUGACAUGCCGGCAAUUCCGGUUCGAGACGGUGACACAGCACCUAAGCUUGGCGCGCUCCUCGCACGCCUACAACGCGACAUUGACGACGUGGCUCGUUAUCGCUCCAGCCUCAGCCUGACCAUUCGAGAUGCCCGCCAGUCUCUCAAAUGCAACCAGUCCCGGUGGGAGCGCGGCGCCCGCAUGGAAGCUGCCGACGUAGCACUCGUGAUGAAGAGCCGUGGGCUCGGCAGUCCUCUUGUCGAGAGCGUGGCGGUAGACGACCCCUGGUUGGCCAGGGCCGAUGGUGACGUGGACGACUGGGACAGUCUGCCAGACGUGAUGCCUCGGAGAAAGCUCUGCGGACGAGCAAGCGCAGACGUUGGCGGGGGGCGCGGCCUCGAGGCAGGAGCCGAUGCAGAGCUAGCAGAAAAUGUCCGGUGGUAGGGUAACGUGUUUGAAGAGGCAGCAACAAUGUUAUUCUGUUGAUGAGGGCUAAGCGGGCAUCGAUUCGGAUGACACCACACAGACAGGCUAUCACAGUUUCUUCGAGGCCAACGUGAAGAGUAACGCUUCUUGAAAAGGGUGAGGAGGGCUACGAGUUGUAUUUGGGACAGACGUUUACGUCAUUUGUAGGACAGUGAAGGGCUGUAGAGAGGUGACCUAGACCCAGAUCGCCAACUUGGCGGAUGCUGAAUUGGGAGCACUAACCAACCUUGCUGGGGCGCCAACAG